CAUUGCCCCUCCAACUCCAAGCCGUCGUCAUCUGCCUCUCUCUCUCUUCAUUUUCUAGCCUACCAUUCUUGAGAGAAAUUGUGGGUUUUCUUGAAUAUCGGAUUUCAGAAAUUCGGGUUGCGUUGGGGAAUAUCUGAAUUUGAAGGGGUUCUUGAAUUUCCUUCAUCUCCACCGUUUUCUUGAUCACAUUAUAGGUCUUCUGGUCGACAAAAUCUUUCAACCCCAAAUUUCAUUUGACCCAUCACAGAGCUCCCGACUCAAAUUCAGCUCUUUAGUGCUAUGGGGUUGUAGGGAUUUGUCAUCUUCCCUUGCUUUCCCACAAAAUUUGAGUAGAUUUUGGUUUGUUUGGCUCUUUCUUCCAUUCAUGUAAUAAUUCCAAGAAAUGCCCGCUACAGAAUACCAAGGAUUCUCAGUUUCCCCCCUUCUGGUUCCGAGCACACGUGGCGGCAAUCAAGCCCAGUCAAUGGAGACUGCGCAGGAAGCUUUCGAUGAGCACGUGGCGGAGCGUUUGGAGGACUUGUCGGCCGCCGACGACGACGAGCUUCUCACCAUUCCUUGGAUUCUCAAAGUCCUAAAUGUUUUCCUAUGUUGCCAGGACGAGUUCAAGUCUAUUCUGUUGAACAACAAAGCAUUCUUGAAAAAACCCCCAAUGGAGAGAUACGUUUCCGAGUAUUUUGAAAAGAGCGUGAAGGGUUUGGACGUGUUCAAUGUGAUUCGCGACGGAAUCGAGCGGAUUAGGCAGUGGCAAAAGCUUCUAGAGAUUGUGGUAUGUGCCCUGGAUAAUCAGAGCCAAAGGAGCCUUGGGGAAGCCCAAUUUCGCCGUGCAAAGAAGGCUUUGAUUGAUUUAGCAAUAUGUAUGCUUGAUAAUAACAAUAAUAGUAGUGCCAAUAAGGCCUAUAAUUUGGCUGCUGCUUCACAUAGGAACCGUUCUUUCGGGCGAAACAAUGCCCAGAAGGACCAAAGGUCCAUGGCCCAAUUUCGAUCACUCUCGUGGAGUGUUUCCCAGAAUUGGUCUGCUGCUAGGCAGCUCCAAGCCAUGGCCAAUUCCCAGAACUUAGUUCCUCCUAGGAGUAGCGAAAUCGUGGCCUCGAAUGGAUUCGCUCUGGUCGUUUUCACCAUGAGCUAUGUGCUGUAUUUCGUAAUGUGGGCUCUCGUGGCCGCCAUUCCCUGCCAAGACCGCUCCCUCCACACCCAUUUCUUUGUGGCUAAUCACUUCCUCUGGGCUGCCCCGCUCCUCUCGCUCCACGACAGGAUUCUCGAGGAGUCUAAGAGGAAGGAGCGGAAGAAUUCUUGCGGGUUGUUGAAGGAGAUUCAUGGGAUUGAGAAAUGCGCUCGAUACCUCAAUGAAUUGACCGAUUCGGUCCAAUUCCCGUUGUCUGAGGAACAGGAGAAGGAAGUGAAGGAGAGAGUGGACGAGCUUAAAGUAGUGUGUGAUACACUUAAGGAGCAGCUUGACCCGUUGGAGCGUCAAGUAAGGGAAGCGUUCCACACGAUUGUUCGAUGCCGGGUUGAGGGGUUCGACUCCAUGGGACAAACAAGUCACCAAUGAUAUGUUAUCAUUUUUGCCCGCUUUUUUCCUUUUGCUAUAUAUGAUAUACCUGUAUUGUGAGUAUAUAAUAUAAUCAAGUUUUUUUUUUCAGCA